AAGCUGUAUUCUAAACCAAAUGGGACCUCCAAAAAUACAACAGACUAACGCAAACACACCCAAUAGUUCACUUGAUACAUCCGUUCCACUUUUGCAAUCUAAUAACCGUUUUGAUAAGAUAACACGGUCUCCUCAAUAUGAAACGACAUCUAAUAGCACCAUUAUUUGUAAUUCAGGAGGAAUAAGGGCAAAUCGAACGCGAUUCACGGAUUAUCAAAUAAAAGUACUCCAAGAAUUUUUUGAAAACAAUUCAUAUUCUAAGGACAGUGAUUUAGAGUAUUUGAGCAAAUUGCUGCUGUUGUCGCCACGGGUAAUUGUUGUAUGGUUUCAAAAUGCACGUCAAAAACAGAGAAAGAUAUAUGAAAACCAGCAAAAUACAACUCAUUGUGACAACGAAGAUAAAAAACAAAAUAUAAAUUACACAUGCAAACGGUGCCAUUUAGUUUUUCAACGUUAUUACGAACUGAUUCGACAUCAAAAAAUCAUUGCUUUAAGGAAAAGAAUAAUUAACGAUCUGCAAAGGCUCAGAAAGCCUCGGCGCAGAUUGCACAACAUUUAAGUUCAGAAGAUUCCAAUUCUUCA